GCUGCGGCUGGUCUGGCCGUGGCCCUCCUGCCGGGCCCCUGGGGCACCCUGGGCCCUCACCCUGUGCACGCAGCGGGGCUGAGGACUGAAACCAGGCCCUCUUUCUGGUUCUCUGUCUCCAGGGAGGUUCUGGGCCUGUCGGCACGCUGUCUGCCAGGACUGGGGUCCUGUGUGACCCCAAGGCCUGCACAGGCCGCUGGGCCUUGGGGCCUCUGCGUGGAGCGUUUUCCCUGCUCCGGGGGCGCUGACUCACAGAGAACAGAGGAGCGCCCCAAGUCAGCGGUUCUGGGGCGGCUGUGAGACCUAAGGGGAAUUGCUGGAGUAAAGAGCGGGGCUGGGGGGACAGUGCUGCCCUUCUGCGGCCUUCCUCAGCCUUACGGGAUGCCUUCCCGUUUUGCUGUAUUUUCCCCAUUCAUUCCUGAUGCCUGGCGCAUUCCUGUCCCUCCUCCGGAGGCACCUGUGCGAAUGUAACGUGUCUGGAAUCUGUCCUUGGACAAGUGUCUGUGAAAAACGCGUAGAGUGUUCUGUAGGUGCCUGUGACCCCUGCAUAGAGUGUUCCGGGCCCUAGAGCGCCUGUGCAGCCGCAACUCGGGAGGGCAUGGCUGGCGUUCCUCGCCGGGCCCCGGGCCCUGCCGGAGCUCAGAGCAGAGUCAAGAGCGUGUCCCGCUUCGCUGGCUGGAGCCCUGGGCGUCCUUUGGCUGUCUUGGCCAGUCUGCCCUCCCUUUCAGAGAACUCUUUGCGCUUUGUGGGUUUUCUGUUGGUGUUCUGGCCUUCUCGCUGCUGAUGUGCCGGAGCCCCUCCAGACUCCAGGUUUGAUCUGCUUGUCACUGGUGGCCUGCCACCCUGUCAGCUUUCUGUGAUUCACCCAUCCAGCUGAAACCGGUCACGUCAGUGAGCUUGACUCCCUCUUCGCUCCUGUUGUUGUUACCUUAGAUUUGGUGCUUUUGUGGUCCUUUUUCCUGGGGUUUUGUUUUAUAAUUUUUUCAGCUCAAAGUCCCAGAGAUAGUCUCCACAGUGUUUUCUCUGUCACCUCUAAGCUCGUACUUUUCACAGGUGGGUCUUUGUAACGUGAGGCAAGUGUCCAAAUGGACCGUUUUUCCCGCGGUGCGUGAGCAUGUGGGUUGUGGUCCCGCCCUCGCCGUCGCUGCGGGGUUCCCAGUCGUGGUCCCGAGUCGUGACCUGUCCUCGUGGCAGGAACGCAGUGCCUCUUUGCCUUCCAUUUUCAGAACCAACUUGCCUAUUUGCCAACCUCUACUUCUCCGUUUAAUUCUAGAAAGAUUCUUUGUCUUUGAUUGACUUCUUCCCUCCCCCCAAAAAUUCUGCUGGCAUUUUUAUUGCAGUUGUAACAUUUUAAGUAAGCUUGGCCCAGUUGGUGCGCUUUCUUCCUCUGAGGUCUCCUGGAGUCUGUGCUUGCUUAACUCUUAGAUAACUUGCAGCUUUUGUUAUCUGCUGAUGUCUUUCCCGUGUGGUUGGCUCUUCGUGCUUGUUGGGCUCUUUACACAGAUGGCGUGUGCUCUGCAGACGAUGACUGUUUUGCCCCUGUGUGUUGUCUGGUCUCUCCCUCCUGGCUGAUUGCACCGGCGGGGCAGCAGGCAGAGUGCAUCCUGUUCUCUCUGCAGGACGUGGUGGCCAUUACUGUCAUGAUCGCUGCCUUCCCCAGCCUUGGGUCUAGCCAGUAGCAUGACUCCGGGAGUAUUUGGUUGUUGUUUUUUUUUUUUCAGUAGCUUGGGUGCCAUCCUGGAGUGUGGGUGGAGGCUGCGGUCACGAGGGUUUUGAGGCACUCUGCAGGCGUGUUUGAAGAAGCGCCAGCAUCAGCGGGGCUGUUCUGCCAGGGGCGGUGGGCACAGAAGCGCGGGGAUCCCGCCAAACCCUGUGUAGUUCGUGCCUCGGUGCCAGAGCCAUGUGCCUCCCCAGUCCCGGAGGAGAUGGGAGCCGGGCGGGCCGUGGGCCCCCAGUGCCGCCUCUGCCCUCACUCCCCAUGUCCUCUCCCCAGAACGUGUUGGCCAAAGCCCUCUACGACAACGUCGCCGAGUCCCCGGACGAGCUCUCCUUCCGCAAGGGCGACAUCAUGACGGUGCUGGAGCGGGACACACAGGGCCUGGGCGGCUGGUGGCUCUGCUCGCUCCAUGGCCGGCAAGGCAUCGUGCCCGGGAACCGCCUCAAGAUCUUGGUGGGCAUGCACGACAAGAAGCCUGCUGUGCCGGGUCCGCCCCAGCCUAGCCUCCUGGCCCCCGCAGCCCCGUACACGCCCAUGGUGCCAGCCGCCUUCCCGCCUCAGCCGGACAGCGUCUACCUGGUGCCCACCCCCAGCAAGACUCAGCAAGGCCUCUACCAGGCUCCCGGGCCCAGCCCCCAGUUCCAGUCCCCGCCAGCCAAGCAGACCUCCGCCUUCUCCAAGCAGAUGCCUCAUCACCCAUUCCCCAGCCCAGCCCCCGACCUCUACCAGGUGCCCCCGGGGCCAGGCAGCCCCGCCCAGGACGUCUACCAGGUGCCGCCCUCCAUGGACGCACGGCACUGGGAGGGGACGAAGCCAUCAGCCAAGGUGGUAGUGCCCACCCGUGUGGGGCAGGGCUACGUGUUCGAGGCCCCCCCUCCCGAGCAGGACGAGUACGACAUCCCGCGCCACCUGCUGGCCCCCGGGCCCCAGGACAUCUACGACGUGCCCCCCGUGCGUGGGCUGCUGCCUGGCCAGUGCAGCCAGGAGGUAUACGACACACCCCCCAUGGCCGUCAAGGGUCCCAAUGGCCGGGACCCCUCGCUGGAUGUGUACGACGUGCCCCCCAGUGUGGAGAAGGGCCUGCUGCCGGCCAGCCACCACGCGGUGUACGAUGUCCCUCCCUCGGUGAGCAAGGACGUGCCCGACGGCCCCCUGCUGCGUGAGGAGACCUACGACGUGCCCCCCGCCUUCGCCAAGGCCAAGCCUUUCGACCCAACCCGCCACCCGCUGGUCCUAGCCGCACCCCCUCCGGACUCCCCACCGGCCGAGGAGGUGUACGAUGUGCCGCCCCCGGCCCCCGACCUCUACGACGUGCCCCCGGGCUUGCGGCGGCCAGGCCCCGGCGCCCUGUACGACGUGCCCCGGGAGCGGCUCCUGCCCCCUGAGGCGGCCAGCAGCGGCGCGGCAGACGCCGGCGUGUACUCGGUGCCUCCUGCGGCCGAGCGGGAGGCCCCAGCCGAUGCCAAGCGCCUGUCGGCCUCGAGCACCGGCAGCACCCGCAGCAGCCAGUCGGCCUCCUCCCUGGAGGCGGCGGUGCCGGGCCGUGAGCCCCUGGAGCUGGAGGUGGCCGUGGAGGCCCUGACCCGCCUGCAGCAGGGUGUGAGUGCCACCGUGGCCCACCUCUUGGACCUGGCAGGCAGCGCAGGCGGGUGUGGGGGCCGGCGCGGGCCCCCCGAGCCUCAGGAGCCUCCAGCUGUGGACCUGCGGGCCGCCGUGGCCGCCGUCCACGCAGCCGUCCAUGAGCUGCUGGAGUUUGCCCGCAGCGCGGUGGGCAACGCCACGCACACCUCCGACCGCACACUGCACGCCAAGCUGAGCCGGCAGCUGCAGAAGAUGGAGGAUGUGUACCAGACGCUGGUGGCCCACGGCCAGGCCCUCGACAGCGGCCGGGGAGGCCUGGGGGCCACCCCCGAAGAGCUGGACCGCCUGGUGGCCUGCUCGCGGGCGGUGCCUGAGGACGCCAAGCAGCUGGCCUCCUUCCUGCAUGGCAACGCCUCGCUGCUCUUCAGACGGACCAAGGCCUCUGUCCCAGGGCCGGAGGGGGGUGGCCCCCUGCACCCCACCCCCGCCGACAAGGCCAGCAGCAUCCAGUCCCGGCCCCUGCCCUCGCCCCCCAAGUUCGCCUCCCAGGACUCUCCUGACGGGCAGUACGAGAGCGGCGAGGGGGGCUGGAUGGAGGACUAUGACUACGUGCACCUGCAGGGGAAGGAAGAGUUCGAGAAGACCCAGAAGGAGCUGCUGGAAAAGGGCAGCAUCACGCGGCAGGGAAAGGGCCAGCUGGAGCUGCAGCAGCUGAAGCAGUUCGAGCGGCUGGAGCAAGAGGUGUCGCGGCCCAUAGAGCACGACCUGGCCAGCUGGACGCCGGCUCAGGCUGCAGUGCCGGGACGGCCAGGCGGCCUGGGGCCUUCGGACCGGCAGCUGCUGCUCUUCUACCUGGAGCAGUGCGAGGCCAACCUGACCACGCUGACCAACGCCGUGGACGCCUUCUUCACCGCCGUGGCCACCAACCAGCCGCCCAAGAUCUUCGUGGCGCACAGCAAGUUCGUCAUCCUCAGCGCGCACAAGCUGGUGUUCAUCGGGGACACGCUGUCACGGCAGGCCCAGGCGGCUGACGUGCGCAGCCAGGUGACGCACUACAGUAACCUGCUGUGCGAGCUGCUGCGCGGCAUCGUGGCGACCACCAAGGCCGCCGCCCUGCAGUACCCAUCGCCCGCCGCCGCCCAGGACAUGGUGGACCGGGUCAAGGAGCUGGGCCACAGCACCCAGCAGUUCCGCCGCGUCCUGGGCCAGUUGGCCGCCGCCUGAGUGCUGCCCACGGAGGGGCAAGGGCAGGAGGGCAGGGCGGCACGGCCCAGAGAGCUGCCACACCGCGCGGGGCCAGGCGCCCAGACUGCGCAGGGUAGCGUGUGUAUUUAUGAUGGGCCAGGAGGUGGGGCAGGCCUCCUGGCGGAGCCCCAGCAGAGCCGAGGCUAUGAGGGCUAGCAGUCUCUCCCGAACGCACUGCAGGCCCAAGGGGGCCAGGCUGGGGUCCACAGGCCUCACCACCCACACAGCCUCAGGGGACCCCUUGGGCUGACCAGUGAGGGGGCCACAUCCCCCGACAGGGCAAGCGUGGCUGGGGGUAUGUUCUCUGCACCAGGAGAAAACCCUAAGAAACUAUUUUUCAUUAUUGAUUUUCCAUUCAUUUGACUAAUAGUCUACAUUUAAAUAAAAUUUAAAAUGAAAAGCA